AUGAUCCUGCUGUUUAACAGAGCAGACAAGGACGCAUGGGACAGCAUUGGGAGGACGGCGUUGCAGAUUGCCGCCACAUAUGGUGAAGCAGCUGUCGUGAACCUGCUGUUGCGGUUGGGGACGGACCAGUCUGCUGCCGGAUACGGUAUGAUGCCUCUCGAGCUCGCCCUGGCAUACAACAGGAGGGCAGUCAUAGAUACACUGAGCAUGAAUUGUCCCGAAAAUAUAUUUCUGUGGAAAUUAAUAAAGCUGUUUGCUCACCACAAGGUCACAAAGGAACGCAUCGUGGAUAACAGAAUGCAGGAAGCUGCAGAGAAUGGAAACAUGGCCGAACUGGCGAAGAUCCUGGCACAGGGAAUACACGUCGACAGCCAGUGUGAAAAUGGCUACACCACACUACACCGCACUGUGUAG